CACUUAAAGGUAAUCCAUGGAGGUUCGAUAUUGCAAUGGAAGUAAUCCCCACGCCAAUCUUUCAACUAACCAGAUGAUUCCUCGGAGGAAAAUUUUUCAUCCGGGAACCAAUUGCUUUGCCGGUUUGAUGGUCAACACAACAUUUAAUCUAGUUUGGGGGGUUCGGGACAUCCGCGAUAUUAAAUCCUCUAUUCGUUUUCAUUUCGAACACGCCGAUACGGCUGAAUGUGAUAAGAUUUACUCCACCUCCUCGUAGACCCAUACAUAAAUAUCUAUAUAUAUAUAAGUUGCGAGAGCGCAAGGUUCUCAUCCAGAGCAGAGACGGUGAACAAGAAACAUCGUUGCCUCUUACACUCCUACCGUCGACCAUGUUACAACUCAAAUACCUAUUUGUGAUAAGUUUAUGCCUUAUUUAUGUCGAUUGGUGUUCUGGAUUUGACUAUUACGAAGAGGAUAAAAGGCAAGAUUUAGUUCCGUUCCCAAGAGUGGGAAGAUCAGAUUCCGAAUGGAAAGAAAGAGAAAAACCAAAAGGUUUAAUUCCAUUUCCUCGAGUGGGCAAGAGACAAGAACUAAUACCAUUUCCAAGAGUCGGAAGAUCAUUUUAUGAUACUUGGGAUUUCCUAGAAGAUACCGAUCAUCACGAGCCCUCCUAUAUUUUAUUCCCCUUUUCAAAGAGAAUCGUAUCCUUAAAGCCUAGAAUCGGUCGAAAAAAGAGAUCGAUCGAUUACGAUCAGGAAGCGGAGGAAUCAAACUGGGAAGACAACUUGGAUCGAUCGACUCGACAGUUAAUUCCCGGCGCACGAUUUGGUAAAAGGAACGAAAUUUGCGGCGACGUCAGCAAACGGGGCCAGUUAGACCCACCCCGAAUUGGAAGAUCCGAUUCAGAAAUCAAGACGAGAGCCCUAAAUCCUCGCAUAGGAAGAGCAAUGUUAACGCCAAGAAUAGGAAGAUCCGGUAACAAACAUUAAAAUAUAUCAUUUAGAAUUUGAUGAAAGUCCUUUGUAUCCUAUUUGGAUAUCUCCUAUAAUCCCCAAAAUGUAUACAAAAAGAAAAUAUUGAUGUAGAUAUAAAAUUAUAUCGAAAGGAAAAUUAAUAAAAUGCAAUCUUUCAUAUAAAAAGUAUUUAU